CUUUUCGCAAGUGUAUGUUCGACUGGUGCUUUGCACUAUAUCCUAUCUCCAUUUGUUAGCGCCAUCUACCUUCACAGCAACAAAUCACCAUCACCGUCACAACAACAACAUACUACUACUCCCACUAAGAAGGGAUUGACACCCAACUCGAUUGUUACCCUCGAAACACGCGAUUUAUUGGCCCGUAAACGGAUGACAACUCUGGCUGUCCGAGACUUGGAACCAUCCCAUGGCUUAUUGCAAACAUGGCGAGUGAAUCCACAAAUUAUGAAGCAACAGUACGCACUAGAGCAACGACGCGGCACGCUACCAUCCAUCCGACAAACACGUUUUUGGUUGGAUAGACGCGGAGCAGGAGACCAGGAGGCAAUGGUCAGCAUGAUUCGGAUCAUCCAGGGAAACCAGCAAAACCAGCGUAUAGUAUAA